GAAAAAUGUAAUCAUCGAUCUGUCUCUUUCAAUAACAUAUAUAUAUGUAUAGAUUGAUGGAAUAUUCGAAGGAACAGAGAUACCGGAAUGGUGAGAUGUGCAGCCAUUGGGUGUCUUCUUGUCCAAGUAAACAAGCAAAUGCUUCUGCAAGAGACUUGUCUUUUCCAAAUUCUUGUCCCUCCAUCUUCCUAGAAAGUUCCUUCUUCUCAGGCUAUGGAGGAAACAGUCAGCUCAGGGAUACUUGAAGAGAAAAUCUACGUUGCAGUUGGGAGAAAUGUAUGGAAGAACACAUCAAAUCUCCUAUGGGCAUUACAAAACUCCGAGGGAAACAGAAUCUGCAUCCUUCAUAUUCACCAGCCAUCUCCAACGAUUCCUGUCUUGGGUACCAGAUUCGAAGCUUCGACGGCUGAUGAGGAGUUAGUGAGAGCAUAUAGAGGCAAAGAAACGGUGAAAACAGAGAAGAUUCUACAAGAGUACCUUAGUAUUUGCCUUAAGAAAGGGGUACAGGCAGAGAAACUGUGUUUUGAAAAGGACUCAAUCGAGAAAGGGAUUUUGGAAAUGAUACAACAGCAUAAAAUCAGGAAGCUUGUUAUGGGAGCUGCUGCAGAUAAACACUAUUCCAUGAAAAUGGAGGAUCUCAAGUCCAAUAAAGCAAGCUUCGUCUGCGAACAAGCGCCUGCUACUUGUCAAAUACAGUUUACCUGCAAAGGAAACCUUAUCCACACAAGGGAAGCUAGAAUGGAUGAAGUUCGAGCCCUCUCUGCGCUCUUGUCUGAGUUUCAGCGGCUUGUGUUGCCACAAAUAAGCACCAAUACGCUUCAAGAGGUAGUAAGUUUGGAUGGACAAAAAGACAAGGGAUCCUCCUCCUCUUGUCAGUCUGCUGGUACAUUGUCACACCCCGGAAGAUCUGAGGACUUAAUAAACGAAGUUCAAGAGGAACCGAAUGACUCAUCUUCUCAAGUUUUCCCGUGCAGCGGAAGGGGACUAAACAUGAUAAACUUCCUGAUCAGCUACACCAAACUAUGGCAGAAGCUCACAAUUCAAAACCAUGAGCAUCGUGAGUGACUCUCCAAUUUAAACGUCUCCUGGAAGAAGAGAGAGAUAAAAACUGCAAUGAACUGAUAUAGUUGUAUAUACAAUGUAUGUAACAAGAAUCAUUUGUGUGAGAUGUAGCUACUUGUGGCUUCUUCUUUUCUCGUCUUGUGUGACGUGUGAGUUGUGAUGCUAAAACAAAUGGAACCUGUCUUCAUUAUUUCUUCUUCUUCUAACUAUAAAUCUCAAUUUAAGUUAUCA